CGGUUUGACUGUUUAUUGACUGUUUAUACAGUGUCUGAAUACAUUUUUGUAGGUAUUGUUUAGCCGAAAGAUAGACUGAAAAGUUCUUUAUUUUUCUGAUGUCUGUUGUGUGUCUGUGUCAGGUUUCUCCAGCCUCUCACUGUCGGAUCAGAUGAGUCUCCUACAGAGCGCCUGGAUGGAGAUUCUGGUCCUGCGGGUGGCGUUUCGCUCUCUGCCCUGCGACGACAGGCUGCUGUUUGCGGACGAUUACAUCAUGGAUGCGGAACAGGCCAAAUGUGCCGGUCUGCUGGAGCUGCACACGGCCAUAUUACAGCUGGUGCGCAGAUACAGAUGCAUGAGCCUGGAGAGAGAAGAGUUCGUCACUCUGAAGGCCAUCGCUCUCGCUAACUCAGACUCGAUGCACAUUGAGGACGUGGAGGCGGUUCAGGGUCUUCAGGACGCCCUGCACGAGGCUCUGCUGGAUUACGAGUGUGUGCAUCACAGUGAGGACCCUCGACGGGCAGGAAAACUCAUCAUGACUCUCCCGCUGCUCCGCCAAACCUCCGCUAAAGCCGUUCGUCAUUUCUGCAGCAUCAAACAGGACGGACGCGUCCCAAUGCACAAACUCUUCCUGGAGCUGCUGGAGGCCAACAUCUGAUCCGCAAGCCCAUUGGACUGUCAGACUGAGGUGACACUCCCCCUCUCGCACACCAUUGGCUGAGGGAGGAUUGGUCACAGAUACAGGGGAAAUUACUUAUUAACAAUAACACAGGAUAUACUCCAUACGGAUACAGUUGGUCAAAAUGAUUCGCCUCCUGUUCAUUUUUUGUGUUUUCUUUUUAAAAUAUUUACCAAAUGCUGUUUAACGGAGGAGGGAAUUUUUCACAGUAUCUCCUAUAAUAUUUUUUCUUCUGGAGAAAGUCUGAUUUGUUUUAUUUCGGCUAGAGUAAAAGCAGUUUUUAAUUUUAUAAAGUGAAGUUUAUUUAUAAA